UGAUUCUCUUGGAAAUAAACAAGAAAAAGCAGGGAAUGGAAGCCUCCUAUUAACACCCACAGGUUCAGUAGGAGAGCUUUAAAAUGAUGGUGCAGUGGUUAGAAUGCAGUAUUGCAGGCUAACUCUGCCAACUGCUAGCAGUUCAAUCUUGACGGGAUCAAGAUCAGCCUUCCAUCCAUCUGAGGUAUCAUCAAACUAAAAUGCUUCAGGAGGACUGCUAGGACUAAAGAAUCAACAUCUCAAAUGGAGAAUAAAGCUGCGAGUACUCAGUCUUUUUUGGAGAUGAUGAAACUAAACUGGAAAUUUUUUCAAGGUGAAGGAAAGACAGGUUGCUCCACUGGGAACAUCUAUAACUCAGCUAUGGACUCUUAUCUGAAAAACAUUCUUGUGAUUUCAUUUGGAUUCACAUUUCUCUUUACCGCUUAUGGAGGACUCCAAAACCUUCAGAGCAGCCUCCACUCUGAAGAAGGCCUGGGAGUUGCCUCCCUGAGUGUGAUCUAUGCUACUCUCAUCCUGUCCUCCAUGUUUCUCCCAUCAGUCAUCAUUAAGAAAUUUGGAUGCAAGUGGACUAUUGUCGGCUCUAUGUGCUGCUAUAUUACAUUCUCUUUGGGAAACUUCUAUGCCAGCUGGUUCACACUCAUCCCCACAUCUGUGAUCUUAGGGCUGGGAGCAGCCCCCCUCUGGUCAGCAAAGUGCACUUAUCUUACCACGGCUGGCAAUUUAUAUGCUCAGAAAGUGGACAAAAUUGGAAAAUAUAUAGUUACCCAGUAUUUUGGACUCUUCUUUUUAAUAUAUCGAUCCUCUGGAGUCUGGGGGAAUCUAAUAGCAUCUCUGGUCUUUGACCAGACUCCUAAUAAAGCGAAUCUCACAGAAGCAGAUCUGUUGUGCUGUGGUACAGGCAGCUGCAAAGGAAACACCACAGAUAGGACUGUGAUGUCAAAAGGAUCAUCUAAUACUUUGAUCUAUACUUUGAUGGGAAUCUACACAGCUAGUGAGAUUCUAGCUGUGUUGCUAGUGUCUAUAUUUCUGGAUCAAAUCUCAACCAACCAAGCAGAGAGUGAAGAAAGGUCUGUGUCACCCUUUAAAUCCAAUUUUCUGGAAACAUUUCAACAUCUUAAAGAUAAACGCCAGUGUCUCUUGAUACCCUUGACUAUGUAUAGUGGACUUGAGCAAGGAUUCUUGGCUGGUGACUAUAAUAAGUCCUAUGUGACCUGUGCUCUUGGGAUAAACUUUGUUGGAUAUGUGAUGAUCUGCUUUUCAGCUACAAAUUCACUUGCCUCCUUGCUGUUUGGCAAGAUUUACCAAUUCACCGGUAGAAAGGUUCUCUUUACAUUGGGUGCCAUUCUCUAUCUCAGCUGCAUAAUAGCGCUAUUGCUCUGGAAACCUCACUCAAACCAACUUGCCCUAUUUUUUAUAAUACCUGCCAUCUGGGGUGUAGCAGAUGCUAUCUUGCAAACACUAACCAAUGCUCUCUAUGGAAUUUUAUUUGAGAAGCACAAAGAGGCAGCUUUUGCAAAUUACCGCCUUUGGGAGUCAUUGGGCUUUGUCAUAGCCUUUGGCUACAGCACCUUCUUAAGUGUCUCCAUCAAGCUGUACAUUCUGUUAACUGUACUGAUUGUGGCAAUGGUCUUAUAUGGAGUAGUCGAAUACCUGGAAUCCAAGAUGUCUUCUGGAACACCUCACACUGCUAACCAGGAGCCAAUCCCAUCACAGCAAAAUGUUCAGUCAACCCAUCUCUAAGUAAGGAAAUCUAUUGUUGUAAAUCAAAGCUCGCAUUAGGAUAUUUACUGGACAACAGAGGAGGGCCUGAAUGGUGCCCAUGAGAAGGCUCAAGGCACGGCUAUAACAAUGCGCGCAGGAUUCUUUUGAUUCUUCUUUUGUGAUAAGAUUCUGCAGCAUUAUGAACUUUCCUUGUCUAGACUGAGCCCAACCUAUUUCACAGGAUGGUUGUUAUGGGGAACAAAUCAGAGGAUGGAGUCCUGUGUAGGCCACCUGAAUUCCUGGAGCAAAGAUAAAUAGUGGACAAAUAUAGCAUUGAUUUCCAUUUUAUCUUUUUUUUUAAAAAAAAAACUUUUUUUUUCAAAAUCA